AUGAAUUGGAAAUAAUCAAAAUCAUUUUUCGACGACUAGAAAUCUGAUUAAAAAUUUUGGAAAAAACAAGCAUAAUGUAUUGAUGAGAAAAAAAUUGAAUUCCAAUGUUUGCUUUAAAAAAAAAAUUGUAAAACUGGAUUUUGGCUAAGCAAAAAUUAUGUGAUAUACGAAUCACAUCUAAUAAAAAUAAAGCCACAAUCUAAGCAAUGUCACAUUGUUAAUCUCAAUUUGUCCAGAAUAUAGAGGGUGAAAUAUGAGAACAAGCUAGAAAAAGAAAUUUUUAAUAAAGAAAAAUAUGGGUUUAGAGUGAUAAGAAAUAAUCAAUGUCGAGAAUUCUAUAGUAGAUCAAAGGAAGUAAAUAUGUAAUUAUGGAAUUAAUUACGAAAAGAAGCAUUUCUUUCUUCAUUCACAGAGCAUUAUGAACUUAAUAAGAUUAUUGGAAAAGGAAACUUUGCUAAAGUUUAUUAAAGCUUGAACAAAGAAAAUCAGAAACUAUAUGCAGUUAAGGUUUUUGAAAAAAACAAAAUGAGAAGUUCUGAGAUUGAUAAAUAGGCUCUUUUAAAAGAAAUAAGUAUUAUGCGUAAACUGAAUCAUGAAGGAGUGAUAAAAUUGCAUGAGGUUUUCGAAGAUGAAAUAAAUAUUUAUUUCGUAUUAGAUUAUUUGGAAGGGGGAGAAUUAUAUCACCAUAUUUAGAAUAAUUAAACAUUUCCUGAGAAAUUAGUAGCUAGAAUUAUAGCAACAGUUUUAAAUACAUUGGAUUAUUUAUAAAAACUUAAUAUUUUACAUAGAGAUCUUAAGCCAGAAAAUAUGAUUUUGAGGAGUAAAGGAAUCUUGGAUGAUAUUGUGAUAACAGAUUUCGGUUUGGCAGAUUAUUAUUCAAUAAAAGGCAAAUAUCUAUUUACAAGAUGUGGAACUCCUGGAUAUGUAGCCCCUGAAGUAUUACAUGACGAAACCUAUGAUUUUAAAAUAGAUAUUUUUAGUGUGGGUUGUUUAAUGUUCGUUCUUUUGGCAGGGAGGUCACCAUUUAAAGGGUAGAAGUAUGAUGAUAUUGUGAUGAAAAAUUAUCAUUGUUAAGUUGAUUAUAAGUCAAUUGAAAAUUCGAUUUCUACAGAUGGGUAAUCCUUGUUGAAAUAACUCUUGCACUAAAAUCCCUAAUUUCGACCUACUGCUCGUUUAGCUUUGAGACAUAAAUGGUUUGAAUUGAAUUUGAGUUAAAGUCGAUACAAUGAAUUAAAUUACAAUCCAUAGGAUCCAAAAUGUUCAACAAUGAAAUCUAGUUUAAGGGAUUUACCUUUUUAGAGCAUAAAUCAAAAUUUUAAAUAAUUAGAAGAAUCAAGAAAACAUUAAGAAAAUAAAUAAUAAAUAAAAGAUUAGCUCAAUAUUUAUUCUUUAAAGGAAUUGAAUAACAGUGAAAAUGAUAUUGUUGAUGAUGAAGAUGAGCGUCCAUAAUCUCAUUUUUUGCCACAAUAUCAAAUUAUUAGCAAAUUUAAAUAAAUAUUAGAUACCUAAAAGUUUUCUCAGUUUAAUUCGUCAAAGUUAAAUGUAAAUUUAUUACCAAAUAAUUAGGAUACAACUGGAAAUACUUCAAUAUAGCUUUUAGAGGAUAAUUUGAAGGAAAACUAUUAGAUUAAAAAUUUAAAGUCAUCUCUAAUUUGA